ACCGCUGCGGCCGGUGGAGCAGCGUGACAGCAUCAGCAGCGGGGCAGACGUGCAGCAACCACCACCACCGGUACAGCAGCCACAGCAGUCACAGCUAUAGCCGGUGCAGCGGCGGCGGCGCAGCAACAGCAGCGGAGGCGGUGCAACAGCUGCCGCAGCUGUAGCCGGUGCAGCAGGAGCAGCAGCGGUGGAGCAGCAGCCCCAUGGGUGUCUCCGGCAGCGCGCCCGCCACUCCUUGCAACAAGCUCCUGGCGCACGUGAGCGACCCGCGCUCGCCCAGCGCCGGCAUCCUCCGCACCCCCAUCGAGGUGCUGAGCUCCCCGGCGGGCAGCCCCGCGCCCGGCCCCGCCGCUGCCGCCCCGGAGCGCGACCCGCGAUCGCCCACGCCCGGCAUCUCCCGAACGCCCAUGAGGAGCGAGUCCUGCGACAGUGUGGACUGCCUGGUGAAGCAGCUCAGCGAGGCCUUUGGUGCUGAGACGCCACUGGCGGGAGUGACCUGUCCUCCUGAGGAGCCGACUGUAGAAGAGACAGCCCGGCGGAGCACCCCGGAGGUGGCUGCUGCCCCAGCUGGAGAGGUGGAGAAGCCACCCUCUCCCAGCGCUGCCCCAACUCGGCCGGCUCGUGUUGCUGUGUUGGGCUUCUCCUCAGGGAGCAAGCCUGCAAGACGCAAGACCAACAACAAAAUCAUGGCAACAGCUGGAGGAACUGCCCGCUCUCCCCUCAGCAUCCUACAAGAUGAUAAUUCUCCCAGUACUCCUGUCUCUCGCCAGGUUAAGAGGCAUGUGUUGGGAGAGAACCUCGGGGAGAAGAAGGAAGUGACAGUGGAUCUGAGCAGGACUCUCAAGUCUGGGAGCUGUGCUUGGAGUGACUUGAACAAAGAGAACCAACAGUGUCCUUUUGUGGAGAACUAGAGGCCUCCUUUUCCAGGAUCUUGCUGUAAUUUACCUCAAUGUUUUGAGAGCCUGCUAUGGGUGAGAAAUCCUGCAAUAGACUGAAACUCCAGACUUGUGGUCACUCUUCUUGCCUACCCCUGUCGGGGAAAGGGGAAAAAACUCUCUCUUCCUCUCUCCUAACUUUGCUUGUCUUAUGUACAGUACAGACUUUGGCUCUCUCUAUUGUAUAUCAGCUGUAUUGUCUUACUGUAGAGUUCUUAUCUGUAGCAAAUAAAUUUUAUUAAGCCUUUGCCUAUGUCUAUGUCCUGACAGGACAGGACAAGUCCCCUCCUUGCCUAGUGCAAUGUUUUCUUUGGUGAUAUAGGUUUGGGAACAAAUAGUUCAGCCUUCUUUGAGCCCUAAAACUCUGCUCUGUCCCCUGCUUUUAAUGUGCUGCUACACAGCUGUGCUGAGAAGGGUCUGACCUGAAACCCAUAUGCUACAGUGUGGGCUGGGGACUGGUGGCUCUGGGCAGGAUGUAUCCAAGUGUGUACUAUACUUGGAUGUAUCCAAGUGUAGUUUCUAUAGUCCUGCCAUGCCUUCUCUGACCCAAAACUAACACAGAACUAGCUAGUUGUGAGGGUCUGGCAUGAAGGUGAGAUCCAAAAUAGGAUUGGAUAGUAUUGUGCAUUUGUAUCUUGACUUUCUGUUGAUAUAUCACUACACCUUGUUGCCCUUCAACUCUCCCUACCAAUGCCUUGGGACCCCAACAUGCGGCUGUGAGUCGACAAGUGGAAUAGGGACUGAAUAUAGUGUCUCAAAUAUCCAAGUUCUGCAAGGAUGCAUUUUCAGCUCUAUCCCAACUCUUGGACAGUAAGCCUUGAGCCUAACAGCCUCGUCUCAACUAAAAUGUAGGUGGGGAAUGUGCUUCCCUGGGGCUUUGAGGCAGAGCAAAGCCUCUGGGUGAGAUGUUCUUUAGUUGGGGACAGUAGGCAGUGUUCACAGGAGGAGAGUUAAGUUUGCAGUAGCUCAUUGCAAUGUUGGAAAGAACACAGCCUGCGGUGCUUAUAUGAGCUUUCUUUAUUAGCCUGGGCUAUGAUGAUUUAUAAUGGACUUGAAAGGAGGGGCUGAUGGCUACUGGUUAAACAGGGUCACCACACAACAUAGGAGUGAGGCAAAAAGAGAAGGAACAGCAAGAAGCAGACAAUAUUCCUUGGUAUGCUGGCAGGUCUGAGGGCUACCUUUCCCCCAUGUAUGCAUAGAUAAGACUUGAACUAAGUCUUCCCCAAUGGAAAAUGAGUGCAAUUUACAGUAGCUUUUUGAUUUGAUGUUGCAUGAUAGAAAUCUCAAACCUGGUAUAUCUCUGAGGCUGUCUGCAGGGAUAUAGGACAGCUUCACAGAGAAGCUGGGUAGAGUUAAAUCGGGGCAGAGGUGUUGCACAACGGGUCCUCUGAAGGAUGGGUGUCAACACGGUAAAUGCAGGGUGUCUGUACUGUACUGCAAAGUCCUGAGACAUAAUGAACAGUGUUUUGCAGGUCUUCAACCCUGCACAAGGCUGGAAACUGCUGGGUCUGUUUAGAGGUGGAGAGAAGGGCCACUGUGCAUGUUCCUGCUCCCCAGCUCCUCCUGCUUCCCCCGCUCCCCCUGCUCCCCUUCCCCUCUCCU